GGAUACUUGUGGGGAGCACAAGUCGCGCCAUUACUCACAACGCUGCCAGCCGACCACAAGACCUUUGACGUGAUUGUACUGGCUGAUCUCAUUUUCAACCACAACUCGCACGCAGACAUGUUGCGGACGUGCCAACAGAGUCUGACGCGCUCGAAAGACGCAAAGGUCUAUGUUGUGUACUCGCACCACCGUCCUUGGCUGGCAGAACGAGACAUGGCAUUUUUCAAACUAGCAGCGGAAGAACCAUUCAACUUUGUCGUUACGCCGCUGUUCGAAGUAAAAAUGCCCCCAAUGUUUGCCGAGGAUCCUGGUGAUGUUGACGUUCGGUCGACUGUCCAUGGGCAUCUGUUGACUUGGCCCGAAGCCGCGUUGGAGCCUGCCCAGUAG